AUAAUCUUAAUUUUAUGGGGGCAGCUAAGCUCCAAGCUGUUCUUGUUCCCUGUCGGAAGAGCCGAGCAACUGCAUCAUCAUCAUCUUCUGCUUUCUCGCUCAGAUUACCACAUUAGGGUUGGGGCCCGUUGCCUCCAUUUCCACUCGUCCUCUCCGCUUCUGCUGCCUAGACUUCUUCAGGUCCUCCUCCUCCUCCUUAUCUCUUUCUAUAUCUACCAACCCCGCGAAAUCGGCGCAGCGGCCAGCUAGAGAAAAAAUCGAAGAAAAGCUAGCCAUCAAAUCGAACGCGGCUCUGGCUGGCGAAGAGAGGAAUAGAGUGAGAUCCUGACUUGGAGUUAAGAUCGUUGGAGAAAGAGAACCUCGUUUACCGGGCAAACGAUGGCAAAGACAAAACCUGGGAAGAAAGACCUCGACUCCUACACCAUCAAGGGCACCAACAAGGUCGUGCGCUCUGGGGACUGCGUGCUGAUGCGGCCGUCGGACACCGACAAGCCUCCAUACGUUGCUCGCGUGGAGAAGAUCGAGGCCGACCAUCGCAACAACGUGAAGGUUAGGGUUCGGUGGUACUACCGGCCGGAGGAAUCCAUUGGCGGCAGGCGGCAGUUCCAUGGAGCAAAGGAGCUCUUCCUCUCUGAUCACUACGACGUCCAGAGCGCACACACCAUUGAGGGUAAGUGCGUCGUCCACUCAUUCAAGAACUACACCAAGCUAGAGAAUGUGGGGACCGAGGACUAUUUCUGCCGUUUUGAAUACAAGGCCGCUACCGGUGGAUUCACUCCUGAUCGUGUCGCUGUGUACUGCAAGUGCGAGAUGCCGUACAAUCCAGAUGAUCUUAUGGUGCAGUGCGAGGCAUGCAAGGACUGGUUUCAUCCAUCUUGUAUGGGCAUGACAAUUGAACAAGCCAAAAAGUUGGAUCAUUUCCUUUGUUCAGAUUGUUCCUCUGAUGAUGAUGCAAAAAAGUCUCCAAAUGGGUUUCCUGAUUCCUCUAUCUCAGAGCCAAAGAACGAUGCAUUACAGGUUGAGACGAAGAGGCGAAAGAGGUAAAUAGAUGAAUUAUCCUUCUUCAAUAAAGAUCUUCCAGAAGGCACGUUGCAUGUUUUGUGAGCCCUCCCUCAUAUGUGGCAAGCUUCCUCUAUCCAUUGUUGUUCUAUGUGGAAUUUGUACAGCGCAGCUGUUUGAAAAGCAAAAAAAUAUAUAUAUUUAAUAAUAAAAAAAUAGAGAUGUUUUCUUCUGGGUAAAGCUGUUUUGCUGAAAAAUUCUGUAGGGUUUUGGUCUGAUGUGUUCCUAUUAGCUUCGUUGUAAUACUCACUGUUAGUCUUCUUCUUCAACUUUGACCAUGGAAUGACUCUUUGUGCUUUUGCUGCUUAUUUUAACCUUUUUUUUUUGUU